CACUUCUUUCAUUGCCUGUCUUCAGAAACCCUUUUUAGCUUUCCGCCGCCUCCUGCGAGAUCCCCAUCAACUUCCGCAAAAAUGAAGGUUGUCGCCGCGUUCUUACUCGCCGUUCUGAGCGGAAAGGCUUGCCCAACCAGUGCGGAUAUCAAAGUUAUCCUCAAUUCAGUUGGUUGUGAAACAGAGGAUUCUCAGAUUGAGCUUUUGUUGAAGGAAGUCAAUGGGAAAGAUGUGGCUGAGUUGAUUGCUGUUGGAAGGGAGAAGUUAGCUUCAGUACCCAGCGGUGGUGGUGGUGUUGCCAUGGCUUCUGCUCCAUCUGCUGGUGGUGGUGGAGGUGCUGCCCCUGCUGAGGACAAGAAGGAAGAGAAGAAAGAGGAGAAGGAAGAAUCCGAUGAUGACAUGGGUUUCAGCCUGUUCGAGUAGAGGCUCUGUCAUCUGAUUUUGCUAUCAUUUUGUAACCUCUUGAAACUUAUAUGCUGUUGUUUUCUAGUUUGUUCUCGGUCAGUAUCUUUGACAUUUCUGAAAUUCUCGAGAGUUUUUUACACAAAACAAGAUGUUAUAUUUGCAUUUCUAUUUCUCGCUUUGAAUAUCUGCCUUAA